AUGGUCCUCCUCCACGUCCUUAGAAUCCUCAUUAUCUGGGGCCUGGUGCUUUUUAUGGAACACAGUGGACAAAUGACCAAGGAAGGGCAGCUUUCCACUGCCCGCCUGGCUGAAGCGCCCACCUUGCCCUUGAUUUGGGAAUUGCUCGAAGAAAUCCCUGGCAAGCCGCAGAGCAAGCCACGGGUCCUAGGGCACCCUUUGAGGUACAUGCUGGAGUUGUACCAGCGUUCAGCUGACAAGCUUGGGCACCCUAGGGAGAACCGCACCAUCGGGGCGACCAUGGUGAGGCUGGUGAGGCCCUUGGCCAACGUGGCAAAGCCCCUCAGAGGCCCCUGGCAUAUACAGACCCUGGGCUUUGCUCUGAGACCCAACCGGGUGGUGUACCAGCUAGUCCGAGCCACAGUGGUUUACCGUCACCAACUGCACCUAACUCAGCAGCAACUCUCCUGCCAUGUGCAGCCCUGGGGCCGGAGAGACCCAACUAACCACUUUUCUACUUCAGGAAGAGCUUCCUCAAAGCCUUCCCUGCUUUCCAAAGCUUGGGCGGAGAUGGAUAUCACACAGCAUAUUCAACAAAGGCUCUGGAAGCACAAGGGACGUAGGAUUCUCCAGGUCCAGUUCGUGUGUCAGCAGCAAAAGGGUACUGAAGUUGUUGCACACCACUGGCGUGGCACCGCCUCCUUGGACAUUGCCUUCUUGCUCCUCUACUUCAACGACACUCAUAAAAGUGUUCACAAGGCCAAGAUCCUCCCCAGGGGCAUGCAGGAAUUCAUGGAAAGGGGUUCUCUUCUCUUGCGGAGGGCCCGGCAAGCAGGCAGUCUCAGGCCUGAGGUUCCUGGCUCCUCCCGGGAGCAUGAGAGGCCUGAAGGUAGCCAGUGUUCCCUCCACCCUUUCCAAGUCAGCUUCCACCAACUGGGAUGGGAUCACUGGAUCAUCGCACCUCAUCUCUAUACCCCAAACUACUGUAAGGGGACCUGCCCUCGAGUGCUCCGCUAUGGUCUCAAUUCUCCCAAUCAUGCCAUCAUCCAGAACCUUGUCAAUGAGCUGGUAGACCAGAGCGUCCCCCAGCCAUCCUGUGUCCCUUAUAAAUAUGUUCCCAUUAGCAUCCUUCUGAUUGAGGCAAACGGGAGUAUCUUGUACAAGGAGUAUGAGGACAUGAUCGCCCAAUCCUGCACUUGUAGGUGA